GCAACGCUACAUAGGUUUGAAGGCUAGGUUAGACAUGCUGUGUUACGUGUUGUAGGUAACUGUGUGAGCCGCUGUGUGCGCAGAAUGAAAACGGGCAAAGUAAAAAAGCAGAAGAUACCGCCCAAAACACGGAAGGGUCCGUUCAAGUGCGAUGAGUGCGGUAAAACGUAUAAGCACCGGGAUUCAUUCGCUGAUCAUUUGCGAUUUCAUUACGGCGAGCUAAUCGAUUGUAAGCUGUGUAACAUGAAGUUUACUCGGCAGAGUCGUUAUAAUAGACACAUGCUGACGCAUACCCAAGAGAAGCCUUUCAAAUGCCCCAACUGCGACAAAGGCUUCAAUCAGAAAGGUACCCUUGCUCGACAUAGACUUCGAUAUCACAGCGAUAAGCCGUACGAGCCAAAACGACGGUUUGUCUGCGAACAAUGUGGUUCUGCGUUUCCAUCGAAUGGAGCCCUUACCGUUCAUAUGCGAGUACACACUGGCGAACGGCCAUACAAGUGUGAGCAGUGCGACAAAGCGUACAAGGGCCCGGGAUCGCUGCAGCAGCACAUAAAAAAGCAUACGGGCGAACGCGAGUUUCAGUGCGCUGAAUGUCUGGCGACUUUCGCUCGAAUAGGCUCGUACAGAACACACCUGCUACUACACAAUAAAGACCAACGCAAGCAAUACGAGUGUGAUCUUUGCAAUAAGAAAUUCGGCUAUAAAUCUAAUCUUACUAUGCAUUUGAUCAUGCACUCAAAUACGAAACCGUACGAAUGUCAGCACUGCGGUAAAGGCCAUAAUACAAGCACCCAGCUGAAAGUCCAUCUCGGCAGAUACCAUAAUGGCGAGAAGCCGCACGCGUGCACCGAGUGCGAUGCACGAUUCACGACGAAAGGCGACCUGAAGGCCCAUGUCGGCCAGCACGAUCCGUCACGGCCAUUGGCGUGCGAUUUUUGCAACUAUCGCUUCAACGCUGCCAACACAUUACAGAUACAUAGGAACAAAUUUCACGCCGAGGAAAUGGAGCAACUUCUGACACAAACAGACUCAGCCGGGCGAGCGCUUCUACGAGGCCUUGCGAAAGGCCAUACGAGAUAUCCAUGCGAGAGCGCUACAACAAGUGAAGAUGACAGGCAGACACAGGCGCCAGUUUCGGCUAUAUCAAGCUUCAAUUCGACCCCGAAAGGGUUGAACGACUCGGUCCUGAUGGCAGACUUAACGGGAACUCUCAAAACGAUUUUAAGUAAUAACGAACUAAGCAGUGUGGACAAUGCGUGGUUUGCAGUUGAAGAAAACCAUGUGCCAGCUUAACUAUCGGAGGGAAACGCCGCAUGGUACAAAUUGGACAUAGCUAUGUGCACCUUUGGUUGAA